CCACUACCUUUCUUUAUUCCUUGAAUGUUUUGCUAAUUUAUCCUCCAGAUCAAGAAUUCGAUUGUUUCUUGUUUAAUUAAACCCACAAAACCCUAAUUUAUCUUCCCGUCUCCUACAUGGAUCUACGGAUAUUAAACAAGGGUUUGGCUUGCACCCACAAACGAAAAAAAUGGAUUCUUCUCAUCGCUGCUUUAGGGGUUUCGACUUAUGGUGCUUAUAAGGUUUGUACACUGCCUUCUGUAGCUAAGAAAAGGGCCAGGGCGAUCAAGUUCUUAGCUGCCUUAGCUUCACUUGUUCAAUUUCUAGGCGAUUCUGCUGACACAAUUGGAAUUAUGAAUAAGGAUUUGAAACAGUUCCUACAAUCUGAUUCUGACCAAAUCCCCUCUAGUCUAAGCCAAUUGUUCAAAAUCACGAGUUCUGAUGGGUUUUCAGACUCCGUUGUUAGGGUAACUAGGGCUUUGACAGUUGGAGUUUUACAGGGGUCUCUUGUUGAAACCAGAAAAGGUCAUUCUGAUGAUACGGGUUUUGCCGAUAAGGCUUUGGAUAAGUUGUUUUCCCCUGCUGGUUCUGGUUUUGUUUCUGUGGUGGUUGGGAGUUUUGCCAAGAAUAUGGUUAUGGCGAUCUAUGCUGAUAAGGAGGUCACUAGAGGUUCUGUUGUGAAUGGAUCAAAGAAUUCAGCCGAUUCAGUUCAGAGAUGGGUGGAUGUUAUAGGUGAUGAUGAUAAGUGCAGGGAACUGAUUGGGGAUUCUAUACAGCAGUUUGUGAGCACAAUGGUGACGGUUUAUCUCGAUAAAACCAUGGAUAUAAACCCCUAUGAGCAGAUUUUUUCAGGCUUGAGUAACCCUAAACACGAAGAAAACGUAAGGGAUUUGUUGGCGGUGGUUGCCAACGGUGCUAUAGAGACUUUUGUCAAGACGUCUCACCAAGUCUUAACGAAUUCAAACACAAACGGUAAUUCAGAUUCAAGUUCAACUCCUUCGUAUUUUCUUAGGGGAAGUUCAUCUAAUGUUGGUAAAGUUUUGGAUGGGAAAGAAUUAGCAUCGAGUAAACUGAAAGCAAGAAAAGAUCAUAAUGGGUGGGUGAGUAAGAUGUCAUCUAGUCUAGCGAUCCCCGGAAACAUGGGGUUUGUUCUUGAUAUGACGGGAAGGGUGACACUUGCGACUAUGAAGUCGUUUUUGGGAUUUUCGUUGAACAAGUUGUCUGAGGGUAUGAAGAAAAGUGGUCAAGAAGCUUACAGGUACCUGACUGCAAAAUCUUUGAUUGUUAUGACCAUAUACAUUUCACUGUAUUUGCACCUGUUAAGCAGUCCAUGGACUUUGGUCUCAGCCUAGCAUGUAGCUCUGCGUUUGAGUUCAUCUUAGCCUAUAGAUACAACCAUCUGUGU